UUACAAAACAUUGACUUAGUGGUCGAAAUCACUCUUAAGGGGUGGGGAGGCACUCCGGAUAUGCAAAUAUACAUACUAAAGCAACAAAAAAGUGAGUUUUGCAUAAUAUGUCCCCAUUAAAGUGAUUGUAAAAUACAUAAAAUUAUUUUUUUUUUUUUUGGCUUAUAUUUACUGAAGUACUUGCUGAUAUGGCUUAUCAGUAUGUGUAAUAUGUGGUAUCAACAUAAUUAAAGUAAUAUGUGUGUUAUGUCCUGCCUCCAUGGCCCUGAUGGGUGUUAUUUAAGACUAAACAAUGACAGAGAGCCUGCAAUGGGAUGACAUAAUCCCGCAUAUAAAAUUAAGUAACCUCAUGCACAGAAUAGAAAGACGUGAAAGGAGGAGGGUGGUUUCAGUAUGGGGGCUUCACUUGACAUGUAUUUGCUCAUGUGUUUGUGCCUUACCUUGUUCUUUUUCUCUUCCUCCUCUUUAUGCUCUGUGUCUUCCUCUCCUCCAUCAUCUUGUAAAAUACGGAGAAAGUUUCAUCUCAAUGAAAUGCACAAGCCUGGGGAUGUGGUUCUGGGUGGGCUGUUUGAGGUCCAUUACACCUCUGUCUUCCCUGAGCGAACAUUUACUUCAGAGCCGCGGCAGCCCAGCUGCAAAGGCUUUGACACUCUAGGGUUCAGGCAUGCCAUGACCAUGGCCUUUGCUAUUGAUGAGAUCAAUAAGAACUCUAAUCUGCUUCCAAAUGUGACUCUGGGAUACAGUCUUUAUGAUAACUGUGGUGCACUUGUCGUUGGAUUCAGUGGUGCAUUGUCACUGGCAAGUGGUCGAGAGGAACAGUUUCUGCUUAAAGAGAACUGUUUAGGAGCCCCUCCAGUCCUGGGCAUUGUGGGUGACCACUAUUCAACAUUUUCUAUUGCCAUUUCCAAUGUGCUGGGUUUAUACACCAUGCCCAUCGUGAGUUAUUUUGCCACAUGCUCCUGCCUGAGUGAUCAGCAACGGUUUCCAUCCUUCUUUAGAACAAUCCCAAGUGAUGCUUUCCAGGUGCGUGCUAUGAUUCAGAUUCUGAAACACUUCGGCUGGACUUGGGUUGGCCUUCUGGUCAGUGAUGAUGAUUAUGGACUCCAUGUUGCCCGAUCUUUUCAAUCUAACCUGGCUCAGUCUGGUGGAGGUUGUUUGGCCUACUUAGAGGUUUUGCCCUGGGACAGUGACGAAAGUGAACUCAGGAGGAUUGUACAUUUGAUAAAGACAUCAGCGGCUCGUGUGGUCAUGGUGUUUGCACAUGAGAUUCACAUGAUUCAACUGAUGGAAGAGGUGGUGAGGCAGAAUGUGACAGGCCAACAGUGGAUAGCAAGUGAAGCCUUGACAACGGCUACUGUGCUUCAGACACCUGACUUCAUGCCAUACCUGAAUGGCACACUUGGAAUUGCCAUCCGUCGGGGAGAAAUACCAGGACUCAGGGAAUUCCUUUUAAAAAUACGCCCUGACCAGAAUGACAGUGACACAUUUGGAAAUAGUAUGGUGCGGCAAUUUUGGGAACACACAUUUAAGUGUAGAUUUGCACCACUUCCAGGUUGGGUUGAAGCUGGGGGAGCACCAUGCACUGGACAGGAAGAUCUUACAAAUGUGGAGACUGAGUUUUUGGAUGUUUCUAACCUCAGGCCUGAGUACAAUGUUUACAAGGCUGUGUAUGCCCUGGCAUAUGCUCUUAAUGACAUGCUGCACUGUGUGCCUGGGAGAGGGCCCUUCAGUGGGCACAGCUGUGCUACUUUGCAAACACUGGAGCCAUGGCAGCUUGUUCAUUAUUUGCAAAAGGUCAACUUCACCACAUCAUAUGGUGAUCAAGUGUCAUUUGAUGAGAAUGGUGAUGCCUUACCAAUAUAUGAUAUCAUGAACUGGUUGUGGCUCCCUGAUGGACGAACUAAAGUUCAGAAUGUUGGUGAGGUUAAGAGGUUGGCCUUCAAGGGUGAAGAACUCACAAUCAAUGAAGACAAAAUUUUCUGGAACUUUGAAUUCAAAGAGCCACCCCGGUCAGUGUGCAGUGACAGCUGUCCUCCAGGUACCCGCAUGGCCAGAAAGAAGGGGGAACCUGAGUGCUGUUUUGACUGCAUCCCUUGUUCUGAAGGAAAGAUCAGUAAUAAGACUGACUCCAUGGAGUGCAGCAGUUGUCCAGAGGAUUUCUGGUCCAGCACCCAUCGUGACCACUGUGUUCCUAAGAAAACUGAGUUCCUGUCCUAUCAUGAACCUCUAGGUAUCUUUUUGACAACCGCCUCAUUGCUGGGCACAUUUGUCUGUGCUGUCGUCCUGGCCAUUUUCAUCUAUCAUCGCAGCACACCCCUGGUACGCGCCAACAAUUCAGAACUGAGUUUCCUGCUCUUGGUGUCACUCAAACUAUGUUUCCUGUGUUCUCUGCUGUUUAUUGGACGUCCCAGGCUGUGGACAUGCCAGCUUAGACAUGCAACAUUUGGAAUCAGCUUUGUGCUUUGUGUGUCAUGCAUCCUGGUGAAAACCAUGGUGGUUCUGGCUGUGUUCAAGGCCUCCAAGCCAGGAGGUGGAGCCCAUCUGAAGUGGUUUGGACCAUUGCAGCAGAGAGGAACAGUUCUGGUUCUUACUUCUAUUCAGGCAGCAAUCUGCACUGCUUGGCUUGUCUCUUCCUCACCAGCUCCUCAUAAAAACAUUCAAUACCACAAUGACAAGAUAGUUUAUGAGUGUGUAGUUGGGUCCACAGUUGGUUUUGCAGUAUUACUGGGCUAUAUUGGCUUACUGGCUAUCCUCAGUUUCCUGCUAGCUUUUCUGGCAAGGAAUCUUCCAGAUAACUUUAAUGAAGCCAAACUCAUUACUUUCAGCAUGUUGAUCUUCUGUGCAGUGUGGGUGGCCUUUGUCCCUGCUUAUGUCAACUCUCCAGGAAAAUAUGCAGAUGCAGUGGAGGUAUUUGCCAUCCUGGCCUCCAGUUUUGGUCUCUUGGUGUCACUGUUUGGACCCAAAUGUUACACAAUCCUGCUCACACCAGAGAGAAACACAAAGAAAGCUAUCAUUGGUCGGGGAGCCAUGAAGUCAUAA